AUGAAUGCCGCGAUCAGUGUAAAGUCCUGGCAGCAGUGUCCUCAUUGCAAAGAGAUAUUCGGCCAGGUGUACGACAAGCGGAUUAAGUUGUCAAGCAUCGUGGCGUCCAAGUGUGCAAGAUGCUGGGCAGUGAGGGAAAUUCUUUCGUGCGUAACAGACACCGCGAACCCAGGGACGGAACUGGUUGGUAGUAUAUGGCACGACAACACGCUGGAGAUUGGCGUCAUUACGCCAGAGGAUAGUUUUGAAACAGCAAAAGGGCAUAAGAUAUACAUUGUUGCUGAUUCCGAAAAGCACGCCAGGUUGGACUCUAGGCUUGGCAUCCCCAUUGCCUACACGCCCACGCAUAGAAACUACCGCCCAAUAAAGGACUCCGACGCAGAACGAAUUUCUGUAGCCAAGGAAUGGCUUGCAGAUUGCGUGGCUUCACAUGAGGCAUGUAAUGCAGAGUGUCAGGAAUACGAAUGGCCCAGGCGCGUUCUCGAUAUCUCACAGGACGAGAUGAUACGGCUAGUCAGCAUCGAAUACCCUCCCCCCGGAGCAACAUAUGUCGCUCUCAGUUACUGUUGGGGUCGCAGAGGCGGCAACUUGUGCACAUACGAGAGCAACUUGGCCCAGCAUAAAAAAGGCAUUCCCUUGAAAUCCCUUCCUCAAACUAUCAGAGACAUUGUUUCCGUCUGCAAGCAGCUCGGGCAGCAGUAUCUGUGGGUCGAUGCCUUGUGCAUCAUCCAGGACGACCCAGCCGACAAGAUGACUCAGAUACCGAUGAUGGCAGACAUCUAUUCGGGAGCGCUCCUGGUCGUCUCUGCUGCGGGCACCGCUGAUGUUCUAGAAGGCUGUCCUCUUGGGCCACCUGAAUUGCAGCCUAUACAGCCAAAAGUACUCGAGCUGGAGUAUCCCCGAUACCUGGAAGCCAACCCCGAGAACAAGGGAGCCGGCAAAGUAACGGUAGUAGUAGAGCGGAUGGAGCACGAGCAUUGUCGACGCCUGCCGGGCCACUGGGCGCGCGAGACAUUUGACCAGGACGGCGUGGAUCUGCUAAAUACCAUCGAGGACCGCGCCUGGACGUUCCAAGAAAGAUUCCUGGCCAAGAGAGCUCUCUAUAUCGGAAAAGGCGAGCUAUCAUGGGUGUGCGCCAGCGCGGUCCAGUGUGAAUGCAGAAAGAGUCGCCUAGAGGUGAAGACCGAGGACGGCGACCGCGUGUUUAAUCAUCGAUAUUGCAUCGGCCAUGUCUCUACAAAGAGGCUGUUUUCCGAUUCAAACAAGGACCUUUACAAGACCUUUUCGUAUCUGUGGGCCGAGGUUGUCACAACGUACUCUGCGCGUCUGCUGACGCAGUUCACAGACCGCGUCGCGGCACUCGAGGGUUUGUCUGCAGCUUUUAGCCGACGAUGGCCUGAAGUUUAUGCAAGAAAAGACUAUGCCUUUGGGUGCUGGGAACCGUUUCUGAGGGACCUUCUAGUCUGGCAAGCAUCCGGAGAGGAGCCGGUGUCCGAGAAUGUACAGAGAGGCCUCUUCCCAUCCUGGGCGUGGCCGUCAAGUGGGAGGGCUGUAAGCUUUACGAGCUGGGUGUGGUACGGCGUGGACCCAAAGUCGUGGGUCGAGGUGGUCCGUCUCGAGCGAGGUCCGCCGGCUGAUGAAGUUUUCGGCAGUGGAAAGGGAACACUGACGAUCCGGGCUCCCUUGAUUGCUUGCACAGCAGAAGCACCCGUCUUCGACGAUGGCAGCCAAGGGGAUGAUGUUGUCUGCACGGCCCUAGAUGCCAAACUGCCUUUUUUGAGGGGAUACCCAUCCCUUGACGAUCCAAGUCAAAAAGAGGAAUGGAAGACGGUGACGCACAUGAUUCUGCUUGCGAGUUACCCAUUCAAGCCGCAUGGCUCGUCGCGUCCCUUGUCGUUUGCUCUCCUCUGCGUCGCUCCUGUUCUAGGGAAAGACGAGUUUCGCCGCAUUGGCAUGAUAACAACCGUGCGACCGAAAAGAACGUUUGAGGCACAUGAGUUUGAAGAGCUGCUUUUGCCGCAUAUGUCUGAUGUGAACCUUGUGUGA